AACCCUAGGGUUUCACAUUCACUUUCUUGCCACUUGACUUGAACAGACCUGAACUUCCGCCUCCGCACCGAAACUCCCUUCUCCUUCCUCCUUCCUCCCUCGCAACCCAUCACAUGGCUCCUAAGAAGGAUAAGGCUCCUCCACCAUCUUCCAAGCCCGCCAAAUCUGGUGGUGGCAAGCAAAAGAAGAAGAAGUGGAGCAAGGGAAAGCAAAAGGAAAAGGUGAACAACCAGGUGCUGUUUGAUCAGGGUACUUAUGACAAGCUCCUCUCUGAAGCUCCCAAAUUCAAGCUCAUCACUCCUUCCAUUCUCUCUGAUCGUUUGAGGAUUAAUGGAUCGCUUGCAAGGAGGGCUAUAAGAGAGUUGAUGGCUAGAGGUUCGAUUAGACUCGUCUCUGCCCACGCAAGUCAGCAGAUUUACACAAGAGCAACAAACACCUAGAUAUAGUUUUUGCAAGAUUAAUGAAAUGUUUUUUCCCCAGUUUUUAUGUACUUCUGGCUAGAUUGCUUCAGUACUAGACUAUUGUUGAAUCCAUGUGCUGAGAUUAUUUUGUGUACUUUAUAAUGUAUUUGGCUUCUAUGUUUCAUCAUUUUUGAUAUUUUGAUGAUCUUAUUAUGACUCAUUUAGUUGUAUUUCUAAUGUGAUUAUAUAUUUAGUA